AUGGAGCGGGUGCAGUAUCAGCUCGAACGUUCCGUUCCACAGCUUCAGCUGCUCGAUGAGAAUGGCGUCUUCACCAAAGAGCAGCUCCGAUCUAUCACGACCCAGCGUCAGACAUUUGAGGGCCGCCUGGUACGAAGGAGUCCAGACAAGAACGACUUUCUCCGAUAUGCAGAAUUUGAACGCAAUCUCGCCGACCUCAUCAAUGUCAAGGCCAAUCGUAUCGGUCUACCGCGCUCCUUUCACCGCGAUAAUGCGGCAGUUCACACCGGUCAUAUUGUGGCCAUCUACGAGCGACUCGUGCUCAAGUUCAAAUACGAUGUCGAUGCGUGGCAGCAAUACAUUGCCUUUGCAAAGAGCAGAAAGAUGCGGGUAGUUACUGGCAGAGUAUAUGCUCGGGCUCUGUCCUUGCAUCCCAAUCAUGUAGCCCUCUGGCUUGCUGCCGCUGCUUACGAGUUGAACGACAAUUCUUCCACCACAGCAGCUCGAUCACUUCUUCAGCGUGCUCUUCGGCUCAACCGUCUUCCGUGGAAGCAAGAAAGUCCGCGAAGCUCUGCAUCUAUCGGUACCAAGCGUGCCAGCAAUGGCGACUCUUCUGAAUCCAACAAGCGCUUCCGUUACGGCAGCCCCGAAACCGCCCACAACGUUGCAGAGCAAACGCAAUAUGCAGCUUCCGGUCCUGCCACACUCAAGCUUUCGUCUCGCGAAGCGGAUCUGCUCCGACUCUGGGUCGAGUACAUUCGGAUGGAGCUAGUCUUUAUUGAACGUCUGCGCAGGCGUUGGCUCGUGCUCGGGCUUGAAUGGGAUGCUCAGCAUGUCGACACCAAUGAUGCUAUCGGCUCCACUUCCGACUCGACAGAAGCUCAACAAGCAGCUGUCGAUCUAGAUUCGCACGAGAAGCAGGCUAAUGUGCUGACCGCACAAGAGAGCGACGAGGAUCAGGAGACGAUAUUGCUCAGCCAGGUGCCCGACAAAGACGACGACGCAAAGGACCAAGCCGUAGAAGACGCAAAUGCCAAGCCCAACACAUUUACGCCUAGAAAGAUGACCAGCAUUCCUCCAACACAGAUCGCCAUCUUGAGGGGCAACAUCCCCAUCUUCCUCAUUGGUAGUGCACUUGAAUCGCUGGCGCCGCAUCUCCACUUUGUUCUGCUUGUUGCGCUCAUCGAGCUGCUUCAAUCCUUCCCUUUUGCCGAACCCAUCAGCAUCGAUGCACCCAAGAGCGGUCAAGCACUCAGACGCCGCCUUCUCGACAGUGUCUAUCAGCAUCUUUCUGAUCGUGAGCGAUGGGGCUGGAUUCAUUUUGCACCAGCUGCUCUCGUUUCUUCCCUCCGCUCCUUUCGUCCCGACGCGCCCUACUACGCACACGAUUCGGACCUCACAGCUGCUCAGGUUGCCAAUACAGAGGAGAUGGACUCGCAUCGACUUCUCACGUCCGCCAGUCAUCUCCGUACCACGUUUUCCAACGAAAUCGAUGGCCUUCUCGAGCUAGCCACGCAGCUCAGAGGCGCUUCAUCUUCCGGCCUUCAAAAGGCGUCCACUUCAUCUUCGCCUUCUCACGCUGUUCAGCUGAUCUUGCAGCUUCUGCAGUCGCUGCUGACCGAAAGGAGCAAUGUCGGCUCUAGAGCGUCGUCCGCGUAUCACAAGCUGGCCCAAUCGGGCGUGCUUCCAAUAGCCGUAAGCGACGCCGUCGCACAACUGCGCACUCUUUGCGUACAAGCACCCAUGAAUACAGCAAAGGCCUCAGCGCGCAGCGCCAAGGCGACUUUUUACACCACUGCAGCUUUACUUGUCGAGAUGCUGAGCGACGAGCAACGCUCUGGCAUCGACGAACCUAAUUUGUUGCGAUACCUCGAAACAGUGCAGAUGCAGCUGGUCAAGGAAGCUCAAGCUGCUGGUCCUGGAAUCGAGACAGCCCAGAUGCGCGCCAUCACUUUGCGUAAGAAGGUAGAGGCAACGCUUUCCCUGCAAGACGAUAGGGAGCGCAGCAAAAAGCUCAACAAGCUCAGAGAGCAGCUCAAGGAAGCCACCAGCAGCGCGCACUAUCCUGCCAGCGAUGAACUUUGGGGACUGCGUAUCCUCGUGACCUCUAGCCUCGCCAGGAUUUCGGAAAAGUCGGUGCACGACAGCCGUGAUGCCAUUGCAUCUGAUUGGCGUCGUGGCCUGCAAGCGUGCUCUGAGCAAGUAGAUGUGGAUGCCACCUUCUCAGCAGAGACCAGCUUGUGGUCGCGCUUUUUCGACUGGCUAGACAAUGGUGUACUUGGCUCAGAGGAUCAGGGUCGCAAGGAGAUCAAGACGUCCUUCCGCUACAGCUCAGAGCAGUACCGAUGGGCCGUACGCGAGACAGCUUCACUACUCUCGCGCAGCCUCAACAGUAAGGUCCUUGAUCUCGAAGCGGUGCAUCAGUAUCGCCAAGAUGUGCACGAUCUGGGCGUGCUUCGCUACAUUCGACUCAGCCGUGCACUCGACCAACACGACGACAUCAUCUCAUGGCUGCUUCAAUCUAGCUUUGCUUCCCAUCAAGCGUGGCUCGAGAUCAUCUCAGAGUUGCAGGAUCAAGAGUCAAAGGGAGAGGCUGGGAUGAAGCAGUCCUCGAAAGACGCUAAACUGAUCGUAAAGAUAUUCAACAAGUUGCUCCAGAUCAAGUCGAACAAUGUCGAAGUCUGGACUGCGUAUCUCACUUAUUUGGCAGUUAGAGACAUGACGGAUGCUCUCAAAGCUCUCGAAAGAUGUCGCAGCACUUUAAACAAGAGCGAAUACAAAUUGGCGGAGAAAGAGUGGUUGCGCGUCUGCGAAGACUUGCAAAGCCGUUCGACCACUGCUGAUGACGGCGAGGAGGACGAGGACAAUAGUGAAGGCGAAGAGUAG